ACCAAAUCUUGUUUACGGCUUUGAUUCAUUCCAAUUCCAACCUUUACCUCUUCGUACUAACGCUCGUUUCUCUUCCUUCAUCUUCUUCUUCCUCUGAUUCCAUUUCCCUUAUUCUCUACACAAAAAACCCUUCAAUUUUCCUAAAAAACCCUCUGUUCUAUAUGGGAAGAACUGGAUUAUUUGAUCUUGAAAAGCACUUCGCUUUCUAUAGUGCUUAUCACAGAAACCCAAUUAACAUAGCAAUUCAUGGUUUAUUCGUUUGGCCAAUUGUCUUCUCAGCCCUUAUUUUUCUCUACUUUACACCUCCCUUUUUUGGUCUUCCAAAUUUUGAGUUUUUACUAUUUGGGAACUAUUUUGUGUUGGUUUGGAAUUUUGGGUUCUUGAUUACUUUGGUUUACUCUGUUUUUUAUGCUUGUUUGGAUCUCAAAGCUGGUUCUUUGGCUGCUUUUCUUUGUGUUUUUUGUUGGGUUGCUAGUAGUUUUGUUGCUGUUCAACUUGGCUGGUCUCUUGCUUGGAAGGUUGUUCUGGUGGUUCAGCUGGUAUGUUGGACAGGACAGUUCAUUGGUCAUGGAGUAUUUGAGAAACGAGCACCUGCUCUUUUGGAUAACCUCAUUCAGGCCUUUGUAAUGGCUCCUUUCUUUGUAUUGCUGGAGGCUCUCCAGGUUGUAUUUGGUUAUGAACCAUAUCCGGGAUUUCAUUCAAUUGUGCAAGCAAAAGUUGAAGCUAAUAUUGAGGAGUGGCAAGAAAGUAAGCAGAGAUUAAUUUCAUAGCUUCUGCUUUGAUUUUUAUAUCUUAAAUGGUUUGAUGUUAAAUGAUCUUUUUAUCAACAAAGGAAGAAUAAAAAGCUAAACAUGAUCUUGUAUAUUACACUGGUAUAUAUAUAUAUAUAUGCUUUUCAGGAUUA